UUUUCUGUGGAGGUUUUGUUUACAAGUUGGUGAUAGCCAGGCGGAGGCUAUUGAUUCUCUCCUCUAAUACAAGUAUAUAAUAUGACUCGAAAUAAAAGUAAACCGCAUACUAAGACUGAUAGCCAAGACAAAAAGAACUGUGAUGCUGAGAAAAAGACCAAUGGAUGUGCUAAGAAGCAAUUAAGACAGUGGGAAGCAGCCCGUCGCCAUCGUUUUAAUAACAUUAUAGAAAAGCUACGGCAAGAGCUACCAGACUGUGGGCCAAAAGCAAAAGUAGAUAUCAUUCAAACUGCUAUCGAAUACAUCCAGGAUUGCAAAGCACUGAAAGAGAGCAUAUUAACCAGUAAUGAAGCACAAGAGCUGAAAAAAGAAAUAAGGCGGCUGAUGAAGCAAGUAACAGCAUUAAAGAAGCGAAAUGCCCUGCUUGUGAAGAUAUUGCAGGAAACUGGUCUUCGUUUUGAAACAGAUGACGGAAAUGGAGAAAUUUUGUACACUAUCCAUGGGACAUGUGUUCAGAAUGACUGUAGAAAUGCAGAGGUAAGGAAGGUGACUUGUGGCCAGCAUGUUCCUGUGGUGGAAAGUGAUCCAGCGUCCGAUUGUCUUGAGCCUGCAUUUGGAGAUGACUCUAAUGAAAGCUCUAAUGUUGAAAAUAUUCAGAGAAAUGGAACACUGCCUGCUGAAAAAUUUGUAUCAGGCAAUGAUGCUAGAGUUCCUCCUAUUAUUCAUGAGGGGGAAAAUAGGAAUUCCACAGUUCAGAGUGGUUUAGACAGCGUAAAUGUUACUAAUGCUAUUUUAAAUGAUAAUCUACAAACAAAAAAUAAAGCAACUUUAUCAAAUUUGAAUAGAGCAUCCCAAAUUGUGAUACCCUCGAUUGGACAGGAAACUAACAGUAAUAUUGCUAUACCUAUUAUUAAUAACAAAGGCAACCCAGUUACAAUUUUACCACAUAAUUGUGACAAUAAACCAAAUGGAGUGGGAAGCAUUGAUACAGUGAGACUUGUACCUCAGGACCCUACAACCAAAAGGGAAUCAAAUUUACCACUUAAUUACUUAAAAGAACAAAUUUCUGUUUUGCCUCAAAAUUGUGUAAGAGAACUUGGAUCACAGGGAAAUUAUAAUUCCAAGGAAAAAAUUAUUGUAGAUGGAGUUGUUAACAAUGGUACAGUUACUGUAAAUAUUAUUGAAGAUCAAGAAGACAUUACUAGUAACUCUUCUGGAAAGCCUUUAUCACUAACAAGGAAUGUAAAAAUGGAAAUGGAGCGCUCUUCAAAAAUAUCCACUGCAAGUAAGGAGCUUUUGCUGCCAUCAUCUGAAGCAUGUUUAGUUGUGCAAGAUGUGCAACAAGUCACAAUACAAUCAGACACUCAGAAUAAUCCAGUACCUGCUGUACCCCAAUUUCCAGCCCAAGUAUCUAAUUCCUUUAGCAAUCAGCCACAAAUGGUAACCUUCAAGGUGCAAGGCGGUGGUGACAAAUUAAAUAAUAAAGGACAAAAGGUUGUUUUGUUGCAGUGUGGUAAUCCUGGAUCAGGUACAAUUCAGCUGGUACCACCUAUUGCAGAUAAUUCCCAGCUUACGUAUGUCACUCCUUCUCUCUCGAGGGUGCCCAUCAUGUCCACUGGAGUUCCGCCACCAAUUCUUCAUAGGGGAAAGAUUAUGAAGAUGAUGAAUUCUUCCCCAUUGCUUCUUCUCCCAUCUCAGCCCAUCAUUACACCAGUGCAUCAGACACCAAGGCUCAAACCAAUAGCACCCAAACCUUGUUCAUGUAAAGCUGUUUCCACCUGCCAAUCUCACAUUGCAUCAACUGGUGGCUCAUCAACAUUUGUGAAUUCUACUUUGAAGACUCUAGUUUCUCCCACUAAAAAGGAAGGAGUCCAGGCCAGUUCUAGAACAUCGUCAAAAUCGAAGCGUUUCCUACCCUUAGAAAAAUGUGAUAAACCAACAAAGCGUAAUAAGAUUGAUUGUGACUCGGGUGUACCAACAGUCUCAAAAUUUAAUCCUUUGACUACUUUACCAUCAAUUGAUCCAACUACAAAAUCUGUAUCAGCCAACCAGGUAGAAAUUUCAGAUGAACAAGGUCAAGAUCUUCAAGAAAUAUCUACUUCUACUCUAACUGGUUUGGUACACUCAGCAGGAAUAAUGGAUUGUGAUGAAGAAGAUCCACUGGGAAAUAUUAUGGAUAUUCGAGUUGACAUGCCGUGUGUUAUUGCAGAAAACAUUCGUGGAGCCACUAUGGAAACUAGCAGUCCUGCGGAUGACAGGCUUGUAGAAAUGCUGCGAUCAAUAGAGAGUGACCCAAGAUCCUGUGAUUUUUCUCCACCAGCUUCCCCUGUAACAACUUCAGAAAGUUUACUGAAGCCAACUAAAGAGUUGCAGUCACAAGAUCAAGGUGAUGUAGAAGAUCAUGUAAAUGAUGCUCACACAAGGAGUGAGAAUGAAGUAACUCUAGGGCCAUCUAAUGACAACGCAUCUAAUGAAGCUAAACUUGCAUCCUUACAAACACCUGAAGAAUCUGCAGCAGUUACUGAAGAGCUUAAUCACUUGGGAUGUCCAGUCAGCUCCCGGGGGUCCACAGACAAUUCUCUUAGUAGUAGUUCUUACAGUAUUACAGCUCUUUGUCUGUCUUCUCGACCGGCAGAAGAUGUAGAUUCACCUCUCAGGGUCAUUUCUACUCAUUCCAUAUCUACCUCUAACAAUCCCUUUGCAUCUGAAUUACCAGAUGGUCUUUCUGAAGCACAUUCUUCCAUGAUAACAUCAUCAGUUAUGACUGGUGCUCAUACUAGAGUUUCUACUCCUUUAAUACUUCCUAAUAUGGCAUAUUCUUCUGCGACUACACAGUUACUCUCACGAGAAAAUUUACCAAAGGCAUCUUCAGCACCAACCAUAUGUCAAUUGUCAAUACCAGCAGCUCUUCCACCACCAUCCAUUUUUCAUAGACCUCCAUCAGUUUUGUCAUCUAAUGCCCACUCUCUUCCUUUAGCUCUUCCACCCAUGCCUGUCCCACAUCUUCCAUCCCUCUCAACAGAUCAUUACUCAUCAGGAAUUCUCUCAUCACCAUCCAUAUCUUUAACUACUGCAAACUCUACUGUAGCCUGUAUGCCUUCUAAUCCACCUAAAGCAGUCACUGGCAGUAAUACCGUGACUCAUAUGACACUCCCUAGUCUGUUCACUACCACACACACAGUCCCAAUCUCUUUGCCAUCUCCUCCUAUUCCUAUAUCAUUGUCAUCUUCACUUUCAACUGCUUUGUCAUCACCCACAGGUAAUUCUAUGUCACUACCUUCAAUGUCUGUUCCUGCUUCACAUUCAUCAUCUAUCCCUACCUUAAUUUCACCUUCUGUUUGUACAUCAUUUUCACAUACUGUCCAUGCCUCACAGUCAUCAUCUGUGCCCAGGUCACUAGCAUCAACUGCUCAUGUUACACAUGUUUCCUCUAACUCUGUUCCAUUGACAGCCUCUGCUCAAAUAUCAUUGCCAUCAUCUAUUUCAGCCUCACUUUCAUCCGCUCUCCCCAUUACACUAGCACCACCUCUUUCCAUGCCAAUCUCAUCAUCUAUCCCAGUUUCAUCUUCAUCCACUGCUCAUAUUUCAUUGUCAUCAUCUGUUCCACUGUCACUCUCUUCUCCAAUCUCAGUUACACACCCAUCAUCUAACCCAUUAUCAUUAUCUUCAUCUGCCCCAAUUUCACUCUCAUCAUCUAUUCCACAUUCUCUCCCAUCAUCUGCAUCACUCUCACUACCUUCUUCAGUCUCAAUGCCACUCUCUUCCUCCUAUCAGAUGGCUUCUCCAGCUUCAUUUUCAUUUUCAUUAACAGCCCCCUCGACAUCAUCAUCUUGGAGUUUACCCUGCUCAACUACCACUGUAACACCUGGUGCAACAUGUACUCCAGUGGUAUUCUCAUCACCAUCAAGUUUGCCUCUUUCAACCUCUUCAAUUUUCUCUGCAUCAUUUUUGCAGUCAUUAUCUUCCACUAACACUUAUGCUCCUAGUCCCUUGCCUAGUACAGCACAUGAUCCCUUAAGUCUUCUCCCCGGAGGGACUUCAUCUGCUGGAUCUCUUCUGUCGUGCUCUGGGACUACGUUUACCACUUCAGUAGCACCACAAGCUCUCUCCACUGUGCCAACCUUAUGUUCAGAUCCUUAUGGGUUUGAGAGCUUUCCUCAUGCUUCUCCAAUGUUUCCUACACUAGGAAACAAAGUACACGAUGCUGUAAAGUCAAAUUCUCUAGGUUCCUCUUAUAGUACCCUGCCUCACUUUCCUGAGGUGUCUUCUUCAUCUCUAGAUAUUGCCUCAAAUUGUACUCUUCCUGUGACUUCAUCAUUUGCUAGUUCCUUAAUGCCUGUGUUGCCACAAAUGAAGUCUCUUAUAGGAAUGGAAGAUGACAACAGUUCAAGAUCAGUCAUUAACAAAAAAAAAGUUAAUGAAUCAAUCAUGCCAGCAAAUAAUGAAAAUUCUGUUUCUCACAGUGCUGCACAAUUGAUAGCCGUAACCCUCGACUCGCUUGUAAACCCUACAUUGCCAAUACACCAGCCAGAGUCAUCCAGUAUAGCUCGGUUAAAAAGUGAAGAAACUAAACCCACUGUUUUGGAAAAAUAUGUGGGUAAUGGUUCUUUUUGUGGAGCAACUAGGGGUCAUGGCACAGUAUCCUCAUCUUCACUGACACACUCCAGUGAGCGAGAGAAACAAACACCUGUAGUCAAAAUUAGUAACAGUCAGCCCAAGCAUCAUAGUAAACUGUUCUCAAUCAAUCAAACUCCAGUUUCUAUAACUCAUACUUCAUUAGGAUCUUCCGUAGUAUCACAUUCAUCAAAUGGUCUCCAGGAACAAACGUCAACAUUUACUGCCCAAGCUGUGCCAGAGGUAGAUGACAUUCAAGGUAAGAUACAGGAAUACCAAGGAAAGACCCCUGCUGCAGUUUCAAAAAUUAUUGAACAUCAUGCUGGAUCUAUUUCUAAAAGUCCUUCAUCGGUUUCUUUGGCAAAUGACGGGAAUACUCAAACAAUGUUAAAUUUGGACAAAGAGUCAGUUGAGCAUCUAGUUCAAAGUUCAAAGAGAGAUGUUGCUGCACACAAACUUGAUAAAGAUCAACGAGGAACUAAAGAGAAGUCUGCUAAUGAUUACAGUAUGCACACUAUACAGCAAAUAUCUGAAAGCUAUAAAAAAAAGAUUACAUCUAGCACAAAUCUUCAUGGCAUGCAAAAUUGCCCACAAGAGGAGUCUGACCAAUCCAACCAUAAAACAAUGGAGGCAAAAGUAGCUAUCCAUUCAGACAAAUUUGUACCUGGAGAGCACAUAGGAAGAAAUAUUGCCUCAAUAGAUGAACAUAUACAGGCCAGAUCAGAGAAGCAGCAACCAAGUUCACAAAGUCCACCUCAUUUGGCAGACAAUUCACUCUCUAUGCAGCAACCUAAACCAGCUUCAUCUUCACAAACACUGGAUAGUUCAUCUCAACCAGCCAUAGUCAUUUCCGCUUCUACAUCUGCAUCAUCACAGCAUGAAUUCGGGCAACAAUUAUCAAGUACAAAUGCACAACAACAGAGUCCUCAAGUUAGCAGCAAUGGAGUCCCGUAUCCUAGAAAGCAUGACCAAGUUGUUGCCAGCCCUAGACAUGAAUGUGACAAGCUAAGUCAAAUUCAACUGGGAACUCAUUCAAAAUCUAUUUCAUCGCAUCAGCAACAUCCUCAGCAACAGCAGAAGCAACCACAGCAGCAGCAGCAACAACCACAACAGCAGCAGCAACAACAACAGCCGCAGCAGCAGCAACAACAGCAGCAACAACAACAUCAGCAACAACAACUUAACCAUCAACAGCCACAACAGACAAAUGACUCGGUUGUAUCCCAGAGAUCUCCAGCUAAUACACAGACAAUACCACCUCAGACUCAUUCUCAACACCAGCAGUCUAUUGUUAAAUAUCAAGCUAAUCAUAAACAGGGACCACAGCAGCCUGCAAGUAAUACCCAGCAACAACAGCAGCACCAACAACAGCACCAACAACACCAACAACAACAACAACAACAACAACAACAACAACAACAAAAGCAGCAGCAGCAACAGCAACAACAACAACAACAGCAGCAGCAGCAACAACAGCAGCAGCAUCAACAGCAACAGCAGCAACUCCAGCAACAACAACAACAGCAACAACAACAUCAACAUCCAGGACAUCAUAGAGCACAACAACAUACCACUGCAACUCACAGCCAGUCUCAUAUGAAUCAGAAUCUUCAGAAACAUCAACAGUCUCAAACACAGCAAUUGGCACAGCAACAGCGACAACAGCAAAAUGCUGCUGUUCAGCAACAGCAAGUGGGUGGGCAUCCACUUAUUUCCCAUAAUAGUAAUAUCGUGCCUGGCAUAGGUACCUCUAUUGUAGGGGAAGUUGCAGAUGUUUUAGGUGACAAGAGCACAACAGGUUCACUACCGGGAGCAGUGAUGCAGGCAUCACAACAACCCGGAAUGGUUUCAAUGCCUUAUCAUCCCCCCAUGGUCUCUGCUCCUAGUUAUAUGCAACCACCUACCUAUGACUAUAAUACUUAUUGCCGCAAGAUGCCCCACUCGCCAAGAUCUGAGGGACGUCAUCAAUGCUAUGGUUAUGGGAAACAGCAUCAAUACCAGCAUGGUGAUUUGUUACCUCCUGACCCUACUAUGAUGCCUGAUCCCCGCCUUCCACACAACCCACCCAUGCCAAUGCCAGGAACUUUCAUAGAAGCUACUGAUGAUCACACACCAAUGCGUCCUGAGCCAGCUUCUGAACAUGUUCGAUGCUUCUCUGUAAGUCAUUUGGUUAGUCAAGCUAGUGAACCCCGCAAGGGAUCAGUCAAUGGACAGCAAAAAGACAGUUCAGGAUCUCAGUCUGAAGAUAAAUCUAAAGAUUCGCCACGUAGCAAGUCCAGUACCAGGAAGUCGGAGAGCAAGUCUCGUGGAAAUGGAAGUGCCAAAAACAGCUCUCAGACUGAUUCUCAGUCUCGCCGUAGAAGUCCUGCUAGAGGCUCCCAGCAGGGCAAUACUAGUUCGGUAUCAACAGUGAUGUGGGGAAAUAAGUCUUCAUCGGCCCACAAACAAGGGCACAAUUACUCUGCAGAAGCCCUUCUUAGUACACAGAACUAUGGUCGAGCUACUCAUCGUCCUCCUGCAAAUCAAAAUUAUCCUAUAAUGACUCCUAAUCAAAUGUAUCAGAGUAAUUACUCACCACAGCAAAUGAAAAAUUUUGUACCAAAUACAUCAUUUGGAUACACAGGUCAUGAUAGAAGUGGUCAAAGUGGAUGUAACCCUGAUUAUAAUUUUCAACUUCACACACAAUCAUCGGGAUCACUAGCAUACACUGGUAACAUGGCUUACAUGACCACUGGCUAUCCAUACCAAAACCUGCCAUCGUCGUCAUCGUCAAUGCUGUCGGGAGAGAUUAUGGCACCACCUCAUCCGACGGGGUCAUACCAUCGCUUUCAUGAGUUUCCAGCUGACCAAAGUAAUUUUCCUCCAAAUCCAACAUUCUCACUACCUCUAGAUCCACAAGAUGUGUGCAGUGGAGGAGGACUGAUGGGAGCCAGUGGUGCCAUGGCUGUUCGUGCCCCCCAUGCCGACAUGCAGCUGGUUCCUUCAUCUUCAGUUUCAUCAUCUGUAGCUUACUCAAGAUCAAAUUCAAACCGUAGUAGUGGCAACAUUGGUUCAAGUACUAGUAUUGGAGGAAGUAUUAGCAGCUCUAGUAAUCAUGGAAUUGGAAGUAGCAGUGGAGUCAGUAGCAAACGACCACGUUAUGGAGAUACUAACAUGGUGGGUGGGGGAAUGGGGGGAUCUUCCAAUCUUUUAGAAGGUGGGGCACUCUCUCAUAUCUCUCUCCAUUCUUUUACACCACCUUGUGAUGACCCAACACUGGUCCACUCAAAUCUCUUUCCUGGAACUGGCCCUCGUCAUCAAGGCAACUUCCUUUUGGGCCCUGAUAACCUCAUGCCUAUAAACACUGGUCAGUAUCCUGGAAGCAGCAGUGGAACUGGAGCAGGUGGCACUAGUCAGCUAGGAGCAGGAGUAGCUGGGCCUCCAGGAACACGAACCAGCUCAUCUGUAGUUCUACCACCUGGGGCACCUGGACAUGUUCCUUUCAGCCCCUUACGCAUGAUGGAUCGCCAGCAGGUUAAUAUGGCACCUCCUGCUGCUCCACAUCUUUCCUCAUCGUUGUCAAACUUCAACUUAACAAGCAUCAUUCCAGAAAUAGAUGGGAAGAGUGGAGAUAAUAGUGGAAGUAUGGCAUCAUCGUCUCGUGGGGGAGGACUUGGAAACAAUGAGGUACUUAGUGCAACUAUACCAAGCCAAGCACGCCUUCCUCCGAUGCCUUCAUCACUCCUGCCGCCUUCUGAGCCACUUAAGGGCCUUCAGUCAGAUACAAAUAGAUUACCUCCAGCUGUGCUUAACAACUCUAUGAAUAAUAUCUUCACCCAUCCUCCACAUCAUCAGGUUGGCAUAGGCCUGAACUCCUCCUUACCAUUACCACCGACCACAUUCUCUGGCAUCAACUUCCCAACACCUGACCAUUGAUUAUCGUCGUAUUUCCAGGUACUGAAAGUUUGGUGUUACACAGAACAGGUGCGGCCGUCUUAUUGUUGCAAACCAAUAGAAAAUAAGCACUCUGUUGAACUAUUAAUUUUUUCUGGUAAUGUACAGUUCUCCAGGAUUUGGGAAUUAUUUUUCUAUCAUUUCUCUAGACUUGAAAGUUACAGGGAAGAAUUUGUGUAAUAAUUUGUUUGUUAUGUAUUAAGACUGUUAAGAGUUCUGAACAUAAGCUACUGUUACUGGCUGUAUGAUUAUGGAGUUGAGAAUUGUAGAGGAAUUACAUUACUAUGUUAAGUGUAGGCAAUGCAUAAAACAUGAUGGUAAUUAUAUAUUUUAGUAUUGAAUGGAUUCGGUCAGUAAAUGAUAUCUGCUCAUUCUUCAGGUCAGCAAUUUCUGCAGCUUUGAAUGGGACUGUUAGUGUGAAUAUUGUUGCACACUAACAGCCCCAUUCAAAGCUGGAGAAGUUGUUGACCUGGAGAACAUUCAGAGAUUGUUUACUUCCCAAAUCCAUUCAAUAAAAUAUAUAAAUUAUUAGGAAUGUUUAAAAUUUCUAAACCUGUAUUCUCUACAGCACAUGCAAAGGAGGUAAUAUUUUACACGGAAAAUGUUAAGAGGGACUGGUUCUAAAUCUGCAGACAGUAAUAACUGCUCUUGAGACCAGGAAGCAUGGCAGAAAGUGCAAAAUAGCCCCAAUGAAAAGCAUGGUUGCAAAAGGUAUGCUAUGAGACAAUUCUAUCAACAUUAAGGGACCAAACCUUGUUCAAAAGAGUACUUGAUAAACACCUCCAAAGGAUACCUGAUCAACUAGGCUGUGAUUCAUAUAUCAGACUGCGAGCAGCAGUGUCUAAGACCAGACUGCCAACCAGAAAGCCUGGUCAAAUACCGGGCUGCAGGGACAUUGAUUUUCGGAAUCAACAACAGAUAGGCAACAGGUAGGUAGACAUAGUGCAGAUGAAUAGGAGACAUGGAAUGGAAUUGUGGACAAUUUCUUUCUCAAACUUAUAAAUAUCUCUUCAUAAAUUAUUGAAUAAAGAGCACACAGUGCUACACUAUAAUAGCCACAUAAUGAAAGAGCUUAUUUUUCUACCAGUGUUAUUAUAUUGAAGAAAUGGCUAAUGCUACAGUAUACUGUAUAUUCAAUGCAGUUUUGAAAUGAACGCAGUGUGCGUCUUGGGUGGAAUGUGUGAUGCCUUGAGGGGCUCAAGUCGACAAGCUGCUGGUUUUCCACUUCAACCCUCAAGUGGUAUGACCUGCUGGCUGGACAAAUAUUGCAGAUGAAAUGCAAUAUUUUGUUAUUGACAAUUGAAACAAUUUCUAUGACAAAAACGACAUGUAUAGAAGGAAUGUUGUAUAUCUGUCAAGGGCAGAGGUGAUUGAGGGGGCUAUUUGUCAGGAUGUACACUACUAAACUAAAAGAUAAGCAUCUGGGUUUGUUCCAGUGAGUGGAGGUCGGUAAACAUGAUAUCCAAUCUAUGAAAGUGGAAGAAAAGAGAUAUGAGGAUUUAGGAUUUUCAAAAGUUAUUCUUGAAACAGUGAUAAUAGAGUGGAACACAAGAAUAAAUAUUAUAAUGAACUAAAGGAAUAUUAUAUAAAUAGUAGGAGUACAGUAUUAGGAAAAAUAGUUUAUACUGAAAUAAUAAUUUUAUUGCAAUCACAGAAAAAUGGGUGUCUAGAAAAUAUGGAUCAAUUCCAAAUACGAAAUUAAGGGAUACAAGUUAUUUCACAGCAGAAUGCAAAUUAAAUGAGGAGCAGGAAAUAGCAAAAUAAGUUGGAGAAAAUUGUGAAGGUGUCAAACAGGGUAUAAAAACUGCAUCAACAUGUGGUCAGACAAAUUUCCAUAUAUUCCUCUCACUGCUGUCAUAUCACACUCGUACUUCAAGUCAAUACUUUUCAACCAGCAUGUAAGUUAAGGGAUAUUUGGCAUAAAAUGCUUACCACAAAUUGAUUUAUAGAACAUGGGGUAGUAUGGCUACAUAGACAUGACAAAAAAUGACUGUGACAAGUAUAUGGGUGUUAGAAAGAAUGAUGGGGUUAAUGUAUUAAAUUAGGAUGAAUAUUUAAAUAUGUAGAUGAGAGCUAUUCAUUACACUUUUCACUACCACACUUGACAUAUUUGGGAAGCAGCAUUUUGGCUGCAUGUAAACUGAGAGGAUAUUAGUAAUACAGUACUAAUUAUUACUAGUAACUCGUCUCUCUCACAGAUUAUGCAGUAUUUUCCAAUUCUCAUAUCCAGGUAGAAUUCAUUAAUGUUUAACUGACAUCACUGAAACAUUAUAGGAAUACUGUACUGUACAUAUGUUUAUAUUUAUGGUGAUGUUUCUGAUUGACUUAUGGAAUUUGUUAAUACAGUACAGUGUAUAACAAAAUGCAUUUGAAAAAACAGCUUAAUGAAAAAAAAAAUGUAUACAGUGUAUAGAAGUAAUUGUGAUGGUGUGUUUCCACAGAAAGACUACUGCAUUUGUCAGUCACACAAUACAGUAUAGAGUUUUGAGUCUAAGGUUAUCUUAAACAAUUGUUCUGUGAUAGUAAUAUAUAUGUAUAUAUAUUACUAUGUUUAAGGGUGUUAGUGUUGGAUUUUAUUAAACCAGUCUAAGGCAAUGAUAUAUUGAAUCAUAGAAGUGAUUUAUCAUCUCCCAUUGUUAUGUCUAUUUAUAUUCUCAAACUUCUUUGUUUUUGGUCUUCUUACACUUCUUUCUGUCUUGACUUUUCUUGAGGAUCUUACUCUUCUUUCUUGUAUAUUAUUAAUUCUUAGAAAAAAGGUUGUAACUGCUCCUUGAUAUUAAAAUUGAUGUAAAUUUUCUGAACGUUCACAUACAAUAUUUUUCAUGUUUAAAAUGUGAAAGCAGGGCUGAAAUGUUGUUUUGAAAGAUCAAACAAAGUAUUUUGAUAUAUAAAUAGUUUUUCUUUCAAAAAUUGGCAUAUGAAAGACCUGUAUAAAAUGUUGAACAUUUUAUAAUAAAUCACAGCAGAUCAUAUAAACAUAUGCUGGAGGAAAGAUCAUAGCUACAACACUACAAUAAAAACUUUAAUGUAAAUGUAAUAAAACAAGCUCCACUUAGUUAUAUAGAUAAUUGUUAUUUAUGAAUAAAUAUUUACAUAGA